CGGGGGUGGGGGGGGCAGGGGGCUCGCGCAGCGCCCGCCGGGAUAACGGGAGCCCCGAGCGCGCGCGAGCCCCCGCCAAUGGGCUGGCGGCUGCGGAUUGGGCGGCGCGGCCGGGGCAGCGGGGUGACGGAACCCUUACUGCGGGCAGCUGAUUGGUUGGUGACAGCAGCCGCACGGUGACAGUGACAGUGACAGCAGUGAUGGGCGCGGGGACGCAGCCGGCGGAGGCGCAGUGUGACUCGCUGGAGGGGAGGGUCUACCUGGACUACAACGCCACCACCCCCCUGGCCCCCGAGGUGGCCCAGACCGUGUGGGACGCCAUGUGCCAGGCCUGGGGCAACCCCAGCAGCUCCCACCCCGCAGGCAGCAAGGCGAAGGAGCUCAUCGGCAGCGCACGGGAGAGCCUGGCGAAGAUGCUCGGAGGCCGCCCCGAGGACAUCGUCUUCACCUCAGGGGGCACGGAGGCGAACAACAUGGUGAUUCACACUGCCUGCAGGCACUUCCACGACAGCCAGCGUGGGACGGGGGACAGCCGGGGCAUACCACACAUCGUGACAUCGAGCGUGGAGCACGACUCCAUCCGCCUGCCGCUGGAGCAGCUGGGCAGGGAGGGCCUGGCGGAAACCACCUUUGUGCCCGUGUCCCCACGGAGCGGGCAGGCAGAGGUGGACGAUGUCGUGGCCGCCAUCCAGCCAAACACGUGCCUGGUGUCCCUCAUGCUGGCCAAUAACGAGACCGGCGUCAUCAUGCCUGUCGCCGAGCUGAGCCAGCGCGUCCGUGCCCUGAACCGGCGCCGGGCGGCCGAGGCGCUGCCCAGGGUGCUGCUGCACACGGAUGCAGCGCAGAUGAUUGGCAAGGGCCGCGUGGACGUGCAGGAGCUGGGCGUGGACUACCUGACCGUCGUGGGACACAAGUUCCAUGGCCCACGGAUUGGAGCGCUGUACAUCCACAGGCCUGGCACUGCCACCCCGCUGCACCCCAUGCUCUUUGGAGGGGGACAGGAGAGGAGUUUCCGGCCAGGCACUGAGAACACCCCGAUGAUUGCCGGCCUUGGCCAGGCUGCAGAGUUAGUGAACAAGAACUGGGAGGCCUAUGAGGCUCACAUGAGGGAUGUCCGGGAUUACCUGGAGGCCACGCUGGAGGCCUCCUUUGGGAAGCAGAGGAUUCACUUCAACAGUCGCUUUAAGGGCUCCAAGCGACUCUGCAACACCUGUAAUUUCUCCAUCCUGGGCCCAGGCCUUCAAGGACGAAGGGUGCUGGCUCACUGCAAGGUGCUCCUGGCCAGCGUCGGGGCUGCCUGCCACUCUGAGAAGGGGGAUCGGAGAGAGCUGGAAUGCUCCAUUGCUUCUUGGAAGGAGUUUGUCCCUCCCAGCUUUGGUUAUCCAGCUGAGCUUGGAAGUACUUUUGAACUCCUGGCGCUACCAGAAGAGAGCCUGCCUUGUGUCUGUGUGUGCCUGGCUCACCUGCUCCAGCCCUGCUUGGGUCUCCAGAUGGCUCCUUUUGGGGAUGUGGGGACUGCCCUCCCCAGUGCUGCUGAGCUGCGGGGUUGCCCCGGAGGUGGCGCAGAACGCGCUGCGGCUGAGCGUGGGGCGUGGCACCACACGGGCAGAUGUGGACAGGGCUGUGCAGGACCUCGUGCAGGCUGUGGAACAGCUGCAGCAGGACCAGGCCCCUUAGAGCCCUGAACUGCUCCACGGACACCAGCCAGGGGACAGAGCUCCUGUUGCCAGCUCCACCUGCUCCUCAAGGAAAGUUGCUGGGGCAGCUGUGACUGUGCCAGCACCUGAGGGACCCCUGCCUGGCCCAGGGGGUCUCUAGCAUCACCAGCACUGGAGGACACAAGUGUCACGCGGAUCAGCAGUGUUGCCAUCUGGGCUGGCUGAUGUCAGGGAACUUGGUCUCCCUAAGUAUUCAUAGGAAUAAAAGUAAUUGCUGCUUCUUUUCACAA